AUGUAUGCUGCUCCAUUGGAUGUUAUGAAAUUAGUAAUUACUACUAAGAGUGUGGAGUCUAUGCCAUUUUUCUUAUCAUUUGCUUCAUUGUUGAAUGGAAGUAUUUUGGUUGUGACUAUAAAUGGGUCUGGUCUUAAAUUAGUAAUUACUACUAAGAGUAUGGAGUUUAUGCCAUUUUUCUUAUCAUUUGCUUCAUUGUUGAAUGAUAAGAAGAAAAGGAUUAAAGUUGUUCUUGCUGAGCUUGUUUUCAUUUCUAUUCUCACUCUUUUGACUUUGACUUUGACACAUUCUCACAAGAAAAGAUCAACCAUUGUUGGUACCAUUUGUAUACUCUUUAAUAUAAUGAUUUAUGCUGUUCCAUUAGCUGUUAUGAAAUUGGUAAUUACUACUAAGAGUGUCGAGUUUAUGCCAUUUUUCUUAUCAUUUGCUUCAUUGUUGAAUAGUAUUACUUGA